UCAUUGCUGCUGACGUUUCUUUAUUAUCAAAAUUUAGUUCGUGUAAAUAAAAAGAAUUUGCCAUGUCGAAGAAGAUUUGAGUCAAUAAAAAAAAAAUAGUGUGACGAUAAAUACGAAAUAAAUAUUAUAGAGCUAUAGUGAACCCGUUCAGUUCAUACGUAGUUUAGUAUACAAACGUGAAAACCAGCCGCACACAGCAAUGGAUACCAAGUUGGAUAUGUUCGAAGACAGCAUUUCGUCGUCCAAACUGGAAGGCGAUAUGUCGAUACCAGGCGCACGUAAAAAUACCACACAAAUUGGCGCACCAGAUUUCAAUACACUCGAUGAGCCUAUCAAGGAGACAUUCCUACGCGAUGUACGCGCUGUUGGCAUAAAAUUCUAUCAUGUGCUCUAUCCAAAAGAAAAAUCGAGUCUGCUACGCGAUUGGGAUCUCUGGGGACCACUAGUGCUCUGCACAUUUAUGGCAACCAUACUGCAAGGUUCCGCAGACAGCAUGUACGACGGUGGUCCAGAAUUCGCACAAGUUUUUGUUAUCGUGUGGAUAGGCGCAGCCAUAGUUACACUUAAUUCAAAGUUACUUGGUGGCAACAUGUCCUUUUUUCAAUCUGUCUGCGUGCUGGGCUAUUGCCUUACUCCAGUGGCGAUAGCAUUGCUGGUGUGUCGUGUUAUUUUGCUUGCAACUCAAACAAAAUUGGCUUUCUUCUUGCGUCUGUUAACUACUACAUUGGGAUUUAUAUGGGCCACGUACGCAUCUUUUAUAUUCCUUGGCGAAAGUCAACCGCCAAAUCGUAAACCACUUGCCGUAUAUCCGAUUUUUCUAUUCUUUUUCAUUGUCUCUUGGCUCGUUAUAUCGCAUAAUUAAGUAAAUAGCAUAUUUAUCUCUAUAUACAUACUUAGUUUAUUCUAAACAAUUUAAAAUGAAUUCCAGGGGACUACAACCAAUAUAAUUUACACUAUAAUUAUAGUAUUGUAUAAAAGCAUAAGAUAACCAUAUAAAUAAUAAUAAUAAAAAAUAUUAAAUAAAUAAAAAACGUAUUUAAAG